AUGGAGGCGGCGGCGGACCGCAGCUACCAGUUCCGAAUCGCUCUGCUCGGGGACGCGGCGGUGGGCAAGACGUCACUGUUGCGGUGCUACGUGGCGGGCGCUCGCGGGGCGGCGGCGGAGGCCGAGCCCGAGCCCACUGUGGGCGUGGAGUUCUACAGCCGCGCUCUGCAGCUGCCCGCUGGGCUGCGGGUCAAGCUGCAGCUCUGGGACACCGCGGGUCACGAGCGCUUCAGGUGCAUCACCAGAUCCUUCUACCGGAACAUGGUGGGCGUUCUGUUGGUCUUUGAUGUGACGAACAGAGAGUCCUUUGAACACAUCCAAGCCUGGCACCAGGAGGUCCUUUCCUCUCAGUGCCCUGGCAAAGUGAUCUUCUUACUGAUUGGCCACAAGUGCGACCUGAGCACCCGAUGCGUCUCCACCCAGGAGGCAGAGGAGCUGGCUGCUUCCAUGGGCAUGGCCUUCGUGGAGACCUCAGCCAAAAGUAACUGCAAUGUGGACCUGGCCUUUGACACUGUCACCACUGCCAUCGAGCAGGCCCUGCGGCAGGGGGACAUCAAGCUGGAAGAGGACUGGGCAGGUAUCCGGCUCCUCCACAGAGCCCCAAACCCCAGACGCCCCAGCAGAAAGCAGGACUCAGGCCCAUGCCAGUGUUGACUCUGGGACAGGAAGGGUUAAAUGGUGCCAGCCUCAGACUCCCCAGCGAGACAGGAGGACAAAAAGACUGUCUCCUGACAUGUUUCUGCCUUCUAAUUCUUAGCAUUUUUUGCUUGGCUAUCUACAGACACCCUCAGCCCUUUUAUCUUUCAUAUUUUCAGAAUGGAUCUUGCUGAGUUGUCCAGGCUAGUCUUGAAGCUCAGCCUCUCGAGUGAUUGAGAUUACAGAAGUGUCCCACUAGGCCAGGACCUCUGCUAGGUUUCUAGU